AUGCUACCACCACCUCCUAAAAUAUAUAAAAGUGCUAAUGAACUUCUUCAAAAUGUUCAAGCAUUUGCUAAUUCUCAAGGAGGAGUUUAUAGAAGCUUCAGAACACAACAAAGGCAAACAAGUACUCGGUUAAUCAAUUGUCCUUGUGAGUUAAAGGCUGUUCGGCUUGAUGAGCAACUAUUAGCAAAUAUUACAGAAAUAACUUCCUCUGGCUCAUGUCCUCGGAAAAUUAUAUCAAUUAUUCGUCAAAAUAAUUCAUCAGCAUUUGUGAGGAGUAAAGAUAUUUAUAAUGCACGUAAACGACUUCGUCAACAAAAGUUAGCUGGUCAUACUCCAGUUGAAGCAUUAAUAAAUAAGUUUAAAGAGGGUGAUUACAUGUAUGAAUACAAAAUAACAGAUAGAGAGCUAGCUCUUAUGAAUGCUCUUAGAACAACCUUUUCGAAUUCAACUAAUUUGUUAUGUUUGUGGCAUAUUAAUAAAAAUAUAAUGAAGAACUGUAAAUCACAAUUCGAAGAUAAUGAAUGGCAAACCUUUCUUUUAGAAUGGAAUAAGGUCGAAGGUGUGCAUGCAACUAUUAAAACAUAUCUUUGUAUAUUAGCAGGAGAUCUUCGUGAUGUCUGUAUAAAAAUUUCUCUAGCAGUAAAAAAUCAAAAAAAAGAAAUAGAUACUAUGGCAGCAUCAGAAAAAAUCUGUUUUCCAAUUUUUGCUCAAAAUAAUUCCUUAUAUGAAAAUAUUAAGGGCAAAGUUUCAACUUUUGCCCUUAAAAAGAUGGAAGAGCAGUAUCAGAAGAUUAUACAAGAAUCUUUACCACUGUGUACUGGAUCUUUUUCGAGCACAAUGGGACUACCAUAUGCUCAUAAAAUCCAACUUCUUGAAAAUCAUCAAGGUUUAACACUUGAUGAUUUUCAUAAACAUUGGUGGAUUCAAAACUGCUCACUGAUACUACCUAUUAAGGGAAACAAUGAAUUACAACCUUUUUUGCAAGCUCUACAAGAAAGGUAUAAAGAGUGGCCAGAACAUCAGCAAGCAACUGCCCGGGAAAAAUUAAACAGCAUUAUUAAUACCUCAACAACAGUCUUGCAGAAUCCUCAAGUUGUUCGUACUAGAGGAAGACCUCCUGGUUCCUCUAAUCGCAGAACAGAUAAUUCAACCAGAAGAGAUCCUUCUGGGUUUGAAUUAAUGGAAUAUAGA